AUGAUAGGUCAGAAACUUAGAAUCUCUUCCGGCGACACUUCCCAAGGUACAUUAUACUGUGACUCUCCUCUCUCUCAUAUCUGUCACAUUUGCCUACUUGCUAUCAGUUUCGUGGGCGGGACCCUUACGAUAGCUAAGGGUACCGUUGCCGAAAUCUGCAUUGCCCUAAGGUCUGGUCACCUCAGGCCCGCCCUACGCCAAGAGUCGCGGAACAGAACGGCCAGUGCCCAGCUGCCCCCAGCACCACCAGGUGGGAAUCUUCGAGAGACAGGGGUGGCGGGGGGUAUCCCUAAGAUAGACCUCUGA